AACUUUUCGCGCGUCACUUGCCUGCUCGUCGUCUUCCUCCUGGCUGCAACCUUCAACCAAUCAAAUUUUACUAACGGAGGAAUCUUCAUCAGAACCGUCUAUCCGCAUGUACGGACGAUCCACAUCAGAUGAUCCCGGAGCCAUCGUCUGCUCUACCCGUCUCCGAUACGUCCUUAGGCAAUGGCCGCCGUCUCUGGCCCCGGCGGAGGAGCCCGCUCUCCGCUGCUCGAUGACGUCGUGAACGGCGCCGUCGAUCACAGGGGCCAACCCGUCCGCAGGUCCAGCUCCGGUGGCUGGACAUCCGCCGGCUUCAUCAUAGGUGUUGAAGUAGCAGAACGAUUCGCGUACUAUGGGAUCUCAUCGAACCUUAUAAACUACUUGACGGGGCCGCUGGGGCAGUCGGUGGCCACCGCGGCAGAGAACGUAAGCGCCUGGGAGGGCAUGGCAUCGCUCUCGCCACUUCUGGGAGCUUUCAUAGCCGAUUCAUUCCUCGGGAGAUACCGCACCAUUGUCAUCGCCUCUGUCGUCUACAUCGCGGCAUUGGGGUUGUUAACUCUCUCGGCUGUCCUUCCGUCUCUCCGCCCUUCUGAUUGCCAAACCGCUGAGAAUAACUCGUGUUCUCCACCUCUGCACCAAGUGGUGCUGUUCUUCUUUUCUCUCUAUCUGGUGGCAAUUGCACAAGGUGGACACAAGCCCUGCGUUCAGGCUUUUGGAGCUGACCAAUUCGAUGGACAGAACCCACAAGAAUGCAAAGCUAAAAGCUCAUUUUUCAACUGGUGGUACUUUUGUAUGUGCGGGGGGACCUUGUUGACGCUCCAAAUCGUAUUCUACAUAGAAGAAAAUCUUAACUGGGGCCUUGGCUUCGGACUGCCCUGUAUCUCUAUGGCAGCUGCCUUGGGCCUUUUCCUGCUCGGGACAAGGACUUACCGCUUCAGCAUCAAGGGGGGUGAGAGGAGCCCGUUCUUGAGGUUCACUUCAGUGCUUGUUGCAGCAUUUAAGAACAGGAAGAAAAGUUCAUCUUUGGCCAUAGUUACUGACCAGGAUUCUCGUGGAACCCUGCAUGAUGAAGGCUCUGAACAAUUCAAGUUUCUCAACAAAGCCUUGCUUGCACCAGAUGGUUCAGAGGAUGGCAAGAUUUGCACUUUCAGUGAGGUAGAAGAAGCCAAAGCAGUACUAGGGCUUUCCCCGAUAUGGGCUACGGGCUUGGUAUAUGCUGUCGUUUUCCAACAACCAAUAACUUUCUUCAACAAACAAGGAGUCACCAUGGACAGAUCGAUCAGACCCGGUCUCAACAUUCCAUCCGCGUCGCUUCAAAGCUUUAUAGGAAUUGGCACUGUUCUGUUUAUCCCAAUUUAUGAACGUGUGCUUGUCCCAUUAGCCAGAGCCUUUACAGGCAGGCCCGUGGGAAUCACCAUGCUGCAGAGGAUAGGAAUUGGUAUGUUCUUGUCAAUCACUUCAAUGGUGGUCGCCGCCCUAGUGGAGUCGGAAAGGCUCAAAACUGCCCGAGAAUGUGGCCUCAUUGAUAAGCCUAAUGCAACAGUCCCAAUGUCCGUGUGGUGGCUGAUUCCUCAAUAUGUUUUGAUCGGAGUCUCGGAUGUAUUCACAAUGGUCGGUUUGCAAGAAUUCUUUUACGAUCAGGUCCCGAGUGAGUGGAGAAGUAUAGGUCUCUCCCUCUACCUCAGCAUAUUCGGGGUCGGGAGCUUUCUAAGCAGCUUCCUUGUCAGCGCCAUCGAGAAAGCAACUGGUGGCGGGGGCAGAGAGGGUUGGUUUGCUAACAAUCUCAACAAAGCGCAUCUCGAUUACUUCUACUGGCUGCUGGCAGGUAUGAGUGCCUUGGAAUUGAUUGCUUUCAUCUAUUUUGCUAAUUCUUAUGUCUACAAUAGGGCAAGGCAGUCAUAAAAAGCUGUAAAAUCCCAAAUGCGGAAGCGGGGACCCGAGCAGGCCUACCUGUAAGUAACUUUCUUCAACGUUAAAUCGAGUGCCUGUGGAAUAUUGUAUCAGACAUCUGGAAAGCUGUUCUUCAAUCCUUGUACAUUGUAAUAUAAAAGACAUGAUUGAGGUGAACUAUUUGCAGUCCGAUAGUUGACGCAGGAUAGCUGGUCUGGGAUCGAUCAUAUAGUUCCUUUUUCUUUUGGAA